UGUGUGUGUGUGAGUGAGAGAGAGAGAGAGGGGGAGGAAGAAUUGGGCUGUUGGGGGGGGGGGGCGAUUUAAUCACUUGGCGCCCCCCGCGUCAGUUUCACUGAAAUUGACAAGACGCGGAAAAGUUUUGUCCAAACUUUUCCAAACUUUUUAUUUUGUUAUUAUUUUUUUCCUUAAAUGAUUUUGGUGAUCGCCAAAAGUUUAGAGCUAAACUUCUACGAGUUUUUUUUUAGCCCUGCCUUAUGUGGGGAGGGGGAGUUUUAUUUUGCUUUUGAAUUUUAGGAAAAAUCUCUCCCUCUCCCUCUCCCUCUCUCUCUCUCUCGGAGAAAGCAAUGCCUCCCCAGGAUUUACUGGACUAUCGAGCGGGAUUCGCACCCCCAGUUCCCCCGCACAAACCCAAACACAGCAGCCGGACUGCCUGCUCCCAGGAGCGGUUUCUCAAGUGUGUCUUGCUGGGAGAUGGAGCGGUCGGUAAGACGAGCCUGGUCGUGAGUUAUACAACCAACGGCUAUCCAACAAAAUAUGUCCCCACUGCGUUUGAUGAUUUCUCUGCUGUUGUUCAAGUCGACGGGGCUCCCAUCAGACUGCAGCUCUGUGAUACCGCUGGCCAGGAUGAAUUUGACAAGCUACGCCGCUUCUGCUACCACAAGGCCGAUGUUUUCCUGCUCUGUUUCAGCGUGGUCAGCCCCUCGUCCUUCCAGAACGUGACGGAGAAGUGGAUCCCUGAGAUCCGCCGGCACUGCCCCACGGCACCCGUGGUCCUGGUGGGCACCCAGUGUGACCUGCGGGGGGACGUGAAGGUCCUGAUCGAGCUGGCCAGGUGCAAGGAGAAGCCGGUGCCUCAGGCCGUGGCCCGGGCACUGUCAGAGAAGGUUGGCGCCGUGGCCUACAUGGAGUGCUCCUCGCUGACGCAGAAGAACCUGAAGGAGGUCUUCGACAUGGCCAUCGUGAGCGGGCUGCGCCACGCGGACGCGCGGGCGAGCAGCGAGCACCGGGUGAAAGCGUUAACCGCCAAGAAAAUGAGGACCUUGUCGAAAUCCUGGUGGCGAAAGUACGUUUGCGUGGUAUGACGACUGUUCAACCCGUGGCUCUCAAUCAUUGGACUUUUCAGGAACGUGUUGGUGGAGGAGGAAUGGAGAGAAGUGGCAUCUCGCUCUAUAUUUUUCAUCCUAAUGAUAAAUCUGAUUUUUGUUUUUUGUUGUUUCGGCAAAUUGCUAUCCCUGCCAAGUUUGAAAACGAAGACUUUUUGUUUGUGGGGGACAGGGUGAGGGAAGGAUGGAAAAUCUUCAGUAUCCCCCGGGUGGGCUUGACGGGCAAAGCAUCCUGAUCCUUCUUCCCCUGAUCACUUGGAAAUUGGGCUUGUCGCUGAGGGAUUGGAAGGGAAGGUUAGACCCAGGGUGACGCCCACCACAGUGGAAUUGCCUACAGUGUGGGAACAGAACGUUCAGCCUGUCGGGGUCUGAACUGAUGAGCAUCCCACCCCAUCCCAUCCCUGCACUGACCCUCCAGAGACCAGACCCUUACUUCGUAAUCCCCACCUGGUCAGUCCACCCUAACCUGCACAUCUUCGGACCAUGGGAGGAGACCAGAGCACCGGGAGGAAACCCACACAGACACGGGCAGAAGGUGUAAGCUCAACACAGACAGAUGCCCGAGGGUGGGAUCGAACCCGGGUCCCUUGCUGCCUGUGUCCCCCACGCCUCGGUCCAUUGCAUUCCCCAACUUUUCUCCCCCAGUGUGACCUCCAUUUUGAAGAGCUACACCAGUUGGCGUCUAGUUAGUCAGUUAGCUAGCUAGUUAAUGGAAUAGUUAUUGUAAAUUGGCCCAAACUGGAUGGCAACGGUUAAUGCCUUGGAUUUUCCACCUGGAUGGUUUAGUUCGCAACGCAACUCGGGCUCCGAACACCUCAGACAUUGAAAGCCCUUCCUUCAUCAGUGACUUUGAAAAGGCAUUUGGAGUGUGUGUUUGUCGGGGCGGGGGUGUAGUGCAGUGUAACGUGGGAGAUUGGAUUGAGGAUCUUGGCAAAUUUCUAUCUGGGGUCUCUUUGGAGAUUCACCUCCCCCCCCCCCCCCCCCAAACCCAUCCCCACUCCCGUUUCACCGAAUGUCAGCUUGAUGUUCUUUUUUACCCAAAACAUAAAGGAUUGCAUUUCCAUAGUGCCUUUCACGACCUCCGGGCAUCCCCAAAGCAGCCGAGGAAAUACCUUUUGAAGGACGGCUACUGUCAUUGAUGCAGGGAGUUGUCAAUUUGUGCACAGCAUGAUCCCAUAGAAGGCAACGAGGGAGCAACAGGAUCAGCUGUUCUUAAAUAUGUCAAGAGAGAAAUAUUGAUGGAGGGGAGAGAAAGUGAAAACCUUCACUCCUUUUCUUCAGCACUGGUGACUCAGGGUGGCAUCUUGCAUGUCUACAUAAUUUAACUGUUUGCAAUCAGUAGAGGGUUAUGUGAUAUUCUUUGACAAUCUGAUUCAAUUGUCGGUGCCUCAAUUAUUUUUCAAACUAGUGUCUUUAGAUGAAGCAAGGUGGACUCCUAUGAAUGCAGACAGACAGUAGUUGGCAUUACUGAUGACCAGGGACUGUCUUCGCUUGACACUGAUCCAUGUCUGGGGCACCACUGCCCCUAACAACAAUGGACUAAUGCCUGCUUCAAAAUGGCCGCUCCAAAAUGGCCACUCCAUGUGUGCAAGUGUGAAUGGAUUCAUUACUGCUCAUGUUUGCCUCCAAUUUUGGGCAAGAGGCAGAUGUCUCUUUCUUCCCCACCAAGUUGUCCUGGGAAGGAAGUGGGCCGAAUAUUCCAGUUUCUCUCCCGUUAGCGUUCUGAAACCAAUUCACAAGUUCUUCAGUGUUGCCAUCAAAGUUGCCCUGUUUUUUUUUAGAGAUAAGAGUUGCUGUCAAAACUCAACGGGUCUAGCAACACCUGUGGAGAGAAAGUAGAGUUAGUGUUUUGGGUCCAGUGGCUCUUUUUCAGAACUGAGUGUGGCUCGGAAAAGGUUUGUGUGGAUGCUGGAAGAGACAUCUGCUUCUGAUAAUACUGGGACUUACAAGGCUUCUUUGUGGAGUGGCGGUAGUGUCCCAACCUCUGAGCUAGGAAGUCAAGAUUCCAGUCCAAACUGAUUCUGAAAUUGUCGAUCGGUAACUGGGUCUUUCCGGACCACGGAUUCAGGUAAAGCACUUGUCAGUUGGAGGGUUGAGUUGGCCUAGAUUUGAGAUUAAGCCAGGGUGAAGUACUGUCUUGUAGUUAAUGCCCUCUCCUUCCACUCCACCUCCAAGAGAUGAAAAGCUAGCUAGUGCCGUAACCCAUGGCAACCGUGUCUGCCAAGCGACAAAUGCAGUAAUGGCAGAGGCCUACAAAGGUUGCUGGAGCCAGGUUCAAUUUCAAAACUGACCUCUGGGGGAGCUUCCCCCUUUGACUGCUAGACCUUGCACUGACUGAGUUUAGAGUCCUGUCACUUUCCUGUGGAUUUUUAUUUGCUGUUUGUCACUCCUCACCAUUGCCCUUUCUUAUUUUCAUAUUUAGACCUGUCCCAGUUGAGACAGCUCCUCAAGAGAUUCCCAUUACUACUAGUGGGCCUCAUUGCUUGAAGGCCUGAUUCUGUACCCGGGGUUGAUCUCGACCCCUGUUUGGGACUCAACAAGGGCAUUCUUCUGCCCACCUGCAUUUAAGAGCCCAGCUGAUGCUAGGCCAACAAGUGGCAUGGCCACUCAGCCAUGCUUUGCCAUUCUAUCUCGUCGCCUGUCGCCCAGCGAUGGAUGUGACUGGGACAGUGCCCAAGGAUGCUGGAUGGGGAGGGAGGUUGGUGGGGGGAUUUGUCAAUGAAAGCAGGUUUGGUAGGUGUCCCGUGAGAGUGGGACACAGAUGCGCAGCUCCUACCACCACUGAACUCAGCACCGUGAAGGUUAAGUUCUCUCACUCUGAGAAGGGAGAAAGUUCAGUGGGGGACCAGCAGGAGCAUGGGGAGAGUCGGAUGUGAUGGCAAAUCCUAAAUAACGUGGAGACGAUUUUGAUUCUGUUAGUUUGACUGGGAGUACAGGGCAUGUGUAAGCUAUUACAAGGCUGAGACGAGGAGGAAUUUCUUUCAGAGGGCUGAGAAUCUUUGGAACUCCUUACCACAGAGAGUGGGGGUAAAGACCUUGUGCAUAUUUAAGGCUGAGAGAGAUCGAUUCUUGAUUAGUCAGGGAGUUAAGAGCAGGAAAGUGGACAUGGGGAAUAUCAGAUUAACCAUGAUCCUAUUGAAUGGUGGAGCAGGCUUGAUGGGCUGAAUGGCCUACUACUGUUUGUAUUUCUGUGGUCUCGUUGCUUCCUUUUUGUGGAAGCUGGUAUUGUGUAAGUGUUUUGUGCGUGUGUAAGUGUGUGCGUGUGUAAGUGUGUGUGUGUGAGAGAAAUAUGGUUAGUGUGAAGAUUUGAUUAAAUGAUUGAUUGAUUGUCUUGAAUCAAUUCCCAACCACAGUCUAUGAAAGCAUUAACGUGUGUGUGUGUGUGCGAGCUGAUGUCGUCCAGGGGACUGUUUGCAUUUAACACACUGCUUUGGAAGUUACUGGAACCCCCCCUGGGUUCCAACGUGCUGGAGACAAAAGAAAAUAAAAACGUAAAAUGUUUUUGAA